AUGAUCCCAAUUCUGGAGGUGAAGCCUAAAUCUCAUCUCAUUGGUGCAUUUAUGUCAAGAAUGCAACAAAAGAUGCAACCCAAGGUGGAGAUGGAGACCAGACUGUUUGGAAAGAAAGAUUCACCUCUGAAGAGAAAAGCUACUAAAGCUUGUCCAGUGAACUUUGAGAACGAGAAUUACACGAUCAUAACAAGCCAAUGCAAGGGACCAGUCUAUCCUCGUGAUCCAUGUUGUGAGUCAUUUUUGCAAAUAGCCUGCCCUCACUGGGAACACGUUAAUGAUGAGAAAACCAAUUGUGCAUCGACCUUGUUUAGUUAUAUAAACCUGUAUGGUAAGUACCCACCCGGCCUUUUCGCUAGCAUGUGUAAAGAAGGUAAGGAGGGACUCAGUUGUGAAAAGGUCGAGAAAUCGGCUGACCAUAACUCAAACAAUAGUUGGGCUACGGCCACAUCGGCUCAUGUAUUGUUCAUUGUAUUAGUUGUGGUCUUUGUGCUCGACUUGAUAAUGAUACAUUGA